CCUCUCGCGAGGCUUCCCCGGCGGCGGCGCCGCAGCAACGACGGCGGCGGCUUCGCUCUUCUCUGUCAAGUCCGCGGGGCCGGCAGUUAUGGCAGCGCUGCGGAGUCUCCUGAGGUGGCGUCGCUGCCGCCUCCCCAACGGCAACGACUCGGAGCUGCCUCACCGAAGGCGGCUGUGGGGUAUCAGGGCCCGGCCGCCGGGCAGCAGCGCGGCGCCGCUGAGCAGCUUGGGCGCCGCGGCGGCGGCGGGCGCUACCGGCGGGGCGCUCGCCUGGUUCGUCUGCCAGCGCUUCUACGAGCGUCGGCCGUCACCUCAGCAGAAGGGACGGAGCGGCGAGGCCGGCCAGGCCCGCGCGCUGCUGCCCAUCCCUGUCGCGGCCGCUGCCAGGGAUACGACGGGCACAGAAAGCAGACCAGAUCUUCAAGAGUUGGAUCUUUAUGCAACUUCCCGGGAGCAGCGAUUUCGCAUGUUUGCCAGUUUAGAAUUUGAAGGGCAGCUCUUUAUGACACCAUAUGACUUCAUUCAGUCUGUUUCAAAUGACGAACCAAAGAGGACAAGAAAAUGGAAGUCUCUUUCAAAACAGGAAUUGAAUCAAAUACUUGUAGAAACUCCACCGGUUUGGAAAGGGUCCUCAAAACUAUUUCGUAACCUCCAAGAGAAAGGUGUGAUUUCUUACACAGAAUAUCUGUUUCUAUUAUGUAUCUUAACAAAGCCACAUGCUGGUUUUAGAAUAGCUUUCAACAUGUUUGAUACAGAUGGAAAUGAGAUGGUGGACAAAAAAGAGUUUUUGGUGCUGCAAGACAUAUUCAGAAAGAAAAAUGAAAAGAAAGAAAGAAGAGGAGAUGAAGAGAAACGUGCUAUGCUGCAUCUCCAGCUUUAUGGAUACCACAGUUCUACUAAUGCUGUGCUAAAAACAGAAGGAGAGGACCUGGUUCCAAGAAGCUAUUGGGAUACUCUGAGACGUAGCACAAGCCAGGCACUCUUUUCGGACCUUGCAGAGCGUGCAGAUGACAUCACUGGUUUACUAUCCGAUACUACACUGCUGAUACACUUUUUUGGUAAGAAAGGAAAGGCUGAGCUUAACUUUGAAGAUUUUUAUAGGUUUAUGGAUAAUCUCCAAACUGAAGUUCUUGAAAUAGAAUUUCUUUCAUAUUCUAAUGGAAUGACUACCAUCAGUGAGGAAGACUUUGCUCAUAUACUUUUAAGAUAUACAAAUGUGGAAAAUACAUCAAGCUAUCUGGAAAACGUACGCUGCAGCAUGCCAGAAGAGCAAGGCAUUACAUUUGAUGAAUUCAGAUCAUUUUUCCAGUUUUUGAAUAAUCUAGAAGACUUCGCAAUUGCAAUGCAGAUGUAUAAUUUUGCAAACCGUUCCAUAGGAAAAGAUGAAUUCAAGCGUGCAGUAUAUGUAGCUACAGGUUUGAAGCUUUCAAUGCAUUUAGUGAGCACUGUCUUCAAGAUCUUUGAUGUAGACAAAGAUGAUCAGCUGAGCUACAAAGAAUUUAUUGGUAUUAUGAAAGACCGAUUGCAACGAGGGUUCAAGGGCUACAAAACCCUGCAAAAAUACACCACUUUCAAAUCCUGUGUGAAGAAGGAACUCAAUAGCAGAUAAACUAUGAAAAAACCGAAAUAUGGGUUGAAGGACUACUAUGUUUGUGUGAUGACUGUAACAAGCAAACACAUUAGGCAGCGUUGGAAGCAAUUUCGGAAUAGAGAUAUGCUGUGAUGGAUGACAAGACACUUCCACUUUUGUUCACCGCUGAUGGUUUUUCUUUUUCUUUUUGGGCAUGCCUUGCAAACUGAAUACAGAAAUCAUGAAGUUGGUAUUUAAGCCAAACAUCUUCCAGCUGUAGCUAUGUCUUAUCAUCUUGGACUGUGAUCCCUAAAGUGCCCUGCUGUAUAAUUUUCAUUCACUUCAUUAGGUGUGAGUGUCUGUAGAGUGAGAGUCAUCCUCUGAAUAUUUCUUCUUACAGGGAUUCAAGUGAAUCUUCGUAAGGAUUUUAUUUAACUAUUAGAUUUUAUUUUCUAAUUAGUCAUCUGCAGAGAAGACUUAAACAUGUACUGAGAAAUAAGUCAGUAGGACUUACUCCCAGGUAAGUGUGCACAGGAUUGCAGUCUUAAAAUGGGUUAUAUUUACAAAACACUUACAACCAAACCCAAGACCCAUAUUAUGAUUUAGUAUUAUCUGUUUUUAUCUUUGUGAGUUGCUUUGGAUCCAUCCUAAUUGGGGGGGGGGAGUGUAAAUCAUUUCUUUUAAAAAAGUAUGAUGGGGCAACCAUUCCUGAUCUUGUGGAGCCCUUUCGAAGAAAUUAAAAUCCUGCUGAUCAGCUGUUUAGCAUGAAAGGACACGAUCUAGUCCUAAAAACAGCUGAGUUAUUUCUGCAACAGCUCCGGAUACAGAGCCCCAAGUGUUGGAUCAGUAACAGAAACUGCACGUAUAGCACCCUGCUCCUUCUCCAGGUGGGACAAAUACAUCUAGUGCCCUGAGUUGGAGAGGAGUGUUCCACUUUAAAUAUAAUAACAAAAUGUGAAUUGUUUUAGGAAUGUAUUUUUAAAAAACAUCUGUUGUAUUUAUUUUGUUUUCAUAUGCCAUUCCAUUUUCUUAAUAUGUUUGUUAGGCUGUUAAAUGUGCCUAUAAUUAUGGCUAUGGAGGGGGGGAAAUGUUUUCAUAUGAUUUUAUAAUAGGAACAUGUGGAAAGCAAAUAGGAAAUGUAAAAUGAGAUUUAUCCCGAAGCAGAAGAAAAUUUUGUAGCUCAAAGCUAUAAAGCUGCAUUCAGACCACUCUGAAACAUUAUGCUAAACAAGCUCUUAUAGUAUAGAUUAAUGUGAAAGUUAAAAUAGUUUAAACAUGGAAACAUUAUGGUACAGUGGUACACAAGCCACUUAAAUUGGAGUAUUUCAGUUUUAAUCCUGGUGUUUCUCAUUACAUUCUGUUGGACUAAAUCAAAUUUCAACUGGUUCAAGGAUAGUAGUUUUAUUGUUUAUGCUUUACUCAAUAGGUUAAUCAGAAUGUGCUGACUUCGGAUUAUAUAAUUAUGGAUAGUACUGCAAAAGGAAAUGUGUUUCCUAGCCUACUUAUUCUGUGCUAUCUUAAUACACAAUCCUUGGAUCCUGACAACAGAACAUAAUUCCACUUGCAAAAUGGGGGUUCCUUGGCUCUUCCUCAUUAUAGACCCGUUUCCCUACAGAAGCAGCUCCUGAUAGUCAGAGACCCUCUGGAACCUUAGGGGGCUGCUACUGGAAAGAGGAAUCCUUGGAAAUCAGGAACAUCCCCUUGCAUGAGCAAGAGCAACUUCUGCUUGCCCUUGGGCACCCUUGGUUCCAAGCCUAAGUGUUUUCUUUGCACUUUCUUUAGUUAGCUGAAAAUACUCUAGUCAUGUAGUGCAUGACUUAGUAGACAGAUGCAUUGUCUUCUGGAGUUAACCAGCAUGCAACACUAAAAACAGACCUUAAAUUUUGUGCUAGUUUGCUUCCAGUUUUGGUAGUUGCAAAACAAAUGGAAUGCCUGCGUUAAUGUUUAGUCAUAGCUUGUCACAGAAUCUUAUAAUGAUAAAGUGCCAUGAUUUUAUAUCGAUAUGCCAAUUAAAAGGCCACUAAGUAAGAAAUCAUGUGAAAGCUGCAAGCAGCAAGCUGCAGCUUUCAAGACUGCUUUUUAAAAUAAAUGUUCUAUAGCAGUAGGGAUUUUUUAGAAGAUAAUGAAUAGAUACAGUGCAAUUUUCUUAUCAUAUGUGCUCUGCUGACUAGUUCACAGACUCACUUGGCAGAACCUCUACACAUGAUAGAAGGCUAGGCGUUGCUUCUUCACUUAUGUGAUGUUAGGUGCAGAUACGCAGUUCAGAGGCUUGUGCACAAGAAUCAUACACCCUGCUGCCCGGUUUUGAGGGAUUGCUGGAUCACAAAUGAUUUUAUAUACCUAGCAAGGUGGGGCAAAAGGAGAGGUGUAUCUACACCAUUGUGCAUAGAGAAUCCUGGGCAAGAUAAAUGUAGGACCCAGCCCUAAUUUUCUAACGUUACAUGGUGGUACUUUUGGCUUCCUUAAGGUCAAUGGGAGUAAGUGAAGAAUUUCAGUAAAAUAGAUAUAUCACUCAUGAACUUUGUAUCCAGUUAAUUAAAAUCAAUGGGAAUAUAGGAUACAUAAAUGUGUGCUGGAUCACACCCAUAAUUUGAAACAGUUUAGUGCUGCAUUUACAAAAAGUAUGAAUUAAACAGAAGACAGAAAAAUCGAGUCAACACAGACAGAUUUAAGGAGCAAUUUGCAGGAAGAACAUGGGAAAAGAAUAUUUAAUGAAGUUUCGAAACUAAACAAAUGUAUGCUUUCCACAUCAAAGGCCAUAGUAUAGAAAUUCUGGCUUUUCUCUUUCCAAAAUGUAUAAUUUUACAUCACUGUUACAGGGAUUAAACUACAUGCAAGAUUAAUUCUUUAAAUGCUUCUACUAGAAUCCUUCCUUUCUCUGUCUCUCCCUUUAAAAUGUGUACAAGCCAGACUACUGUGGAGUUUUUCCAUUACAGUCAAACCUCAAUAAAUAUUCUAAACAAGUGCA